UACGUAAAAAUUCGGUCCCGCGUGUUUAGUGGUAUUCUACUCGGCGUCUGUUACUGUACCGUGUGUACCGGCAAGCACAUUUUCUCUCAUUAUUUAGAGCAUUGUAAGGCAUUUACACCAUGGGCAAAUCAAAAAAACGACCACGGUCAACGUCGUCCACGACCAACGAUAGUCCGGGUAAGAAAGAUAAACCGACAUUGGAUCCUUCCGAGGGUGCUACUGUGGAGGAAGGACAUUCCUCACUGGCCACAAAGGUAAAGCAGGAGGAAGAGUUUUUGAAUAAAAGAAUAGACGAAUGGAUUGAAUCACGGGUUAAUGCGGAGGUCAUCUUGCCCCCCUCUGACGAUGAAGAUCAUGGUGAAAGGGAAGAUGAAGACCAGAUAAACCAAUUAUGGGUUGACUCUAUAAUGAGCAACUUCAGGCAGCAGUUGAGUACACUGAGCGAAGACGAAAAAAGGAAAAGUUUCAAGUACGAAUGCGAGUGGAAGAAGUGUGUUUUUAUGACCGGGAAGGACCACAGAUAUUUCCAGCAUGUUGAAAUGCACGCGGAGGAGACCGAGAAAGACAACAAUGUAUUUGCAUGCAGCUGGGAUCUGUGCUGCUUUAUUAGUAACGAUAAGUCGAUUUUCAACUCUCAUGUGCACGUACACGCCUACCACACGAAGCUGAAGGUUCACGGUGCCAGCUUGAGUAUGUUGGCAAAUUUUCCCAAAUGUAACUACGACAGCGGGACUCGAAACGAUAUUAGCAAAAUUCCGUUAAGCUACACCUGCGAGUGGAAAAGUUGUGGACAGAAAUUCGAUAAAAUUAUGGAGUUUAACUAUCAUGUAGCGCACCACUUGUACGAUAAGGCGACGCCCGGCAAAAAAUCUCUACCGGAACCAGUUGCCUGUAUGUGGGCACUCUGCACGUUUUCUUUAACCAAACUUGCUAUUGGCUUGAGGCAUUUGAGGAAGCACACAAAACAAAGGGAAGUCGCGUGCUUUAAUUGUGGUACAAUGUUUUUUGAGCGGGUAAUGUAUAGAAAUCAUUGCUUUCGACAAGUUGAUCUGCGAUAUCGCAAGUUCAAAUGUGAAGAAUGCAAUAAAUUCUUUACCACUGAGCGCCUGCUCAACAACCAUGCCGACAUCCAUUCAUACCACGUGUCGUGCCCGAGGUGUCCAAGAAAGUUCACGGCACCAAGUCAAAUGAUAAUGCAUUUAAAUCGAAUACAUUUGAAGUUGCGUCCGAUGGCAUGUACGCAGUGCGAAUAUCGGACGUACACUGCGUCGGAGUUGAAAAAGCAUAUGAAUAGACAUUCAACGGUGCGUAUGUACCGGUGUGACGAGUUCGGCUGUAACGCAACGUUCCGGAGUGAAAGUUCACUCAAGCUCCACAUUAUCAAACAUUACCACCUUCCACCGCCUCAUUACGCGUGUCACCUUUGUGAAGCAGGAUUUGGUUCCGGCUGGCUUCUUUCCAAGCAUCUAAACUUUACUCACGAAAUUAAACCGAAACCGGGAUGCUCUCGGUAUCGCUAUAAGAUCGAUACGGAAGACGGGUUCUACAAAGUGGAACACUACUUUGAUAACAAAAAGCAAGAACAGGAAAACCGUGAGAAGGCCGAAAAAAAAGCAGAGAGUUCAAGUGAUGAUGAUGACGAUGAAGGUGAUAAUACUGCACAGCAUGUCGCUGAAGGUGAUAAUACUGCACAGCAUGUAAAAACGUCGAUCAAAGAGAUAAAAAUGGUUGGAGAAAAUGAAAUAGCCAUUGAUUUGGGUAUGGAAUUUAAGAAAGGUAACACCGAUCAGUCUGAUGAGCAAACCACAGUGGCGGAAAGUGUGAGCGUUAAAAAGAAGAUAAAAUCAUUCAAAAACAAAGAAAAACCAGGAUCCGCAGAAUCGAAAGAGGAUAAGAAGACGAACAAGUCCAAAAAAGUGCAGGAGUUCACUGUCAUGAAGCGUUACUUGAAGAGCGAUUAACCUUAUUUCACUAACUUGUGGGUUUUCAUAGUAACUAUCGCUCAAUCAUCUUAUUGUAUGUAGAGCUUAUUUCCGUAAUAAAGAAUUUAGAUGUGUUUUAGGUUUCAAA